AUGGCAGAGACGUCUGCAGCCUCUACUACACAUGCACGUCGCCAGAGUGCCCUUGCCGACAUCCAAUUCGCAUCUAUCGUUGACGAUGACCUCACACCGUCCGAGGACGAAUCGCCCGAGGAAAGGGCGUUCGAGCUCGAGACAGCACAGUCAGCAAUUGGAGUCAGCAUAGGAAGGCAGCAGACGCGUCUGACUUCGCCCAAAACGCCGGCAGCGGAAAAGGCUGCAGCCCUCGAUGAGACCGAAGAUGGCGCCUUUUUCGACGGCUGGCAAGAAGCCACCGAUUCGACGCCGGAACUGAAAAAAGCGAUACCAGCCACCGAGCCCACCGGACAUGUACAAACGGCUGAUGUGAGGCCGAAACCGACGCAAACAUCGAGCAAUGACGACCGCGAGCGACAAUCCGACCCUCGAACGAGACUGCCCUCGCCCUGGCGAGCAGGCCCCAAGACAUUUCAGAAGGACAAGGCAGGCGACCACCGAUCCAUACUCCGCGAUCACCUACAGAGCGGGCGGCGACGGGCAUCGUCAAGUGGCUCCAUGGGGGAUACGAUGCGCAAAUUCAUGCCCUUCAGCCUUCCCACGUCCAUCACCAAGACCUACAAGGACCUCCACUUUUCCCUCCCGAGUUUGUCAGCAUUGUCGCUCGAUUCUGAGAAGCCGCGCACCUUUGACCGACGGAGGAGAGACACGUUUGCUAGCGGUGUAUCACCUCGGGACAUACCACAGCGAGACGGCGCCAAUCACUCCACACCGGGAGAGUCCAGGAGCGCAUCAAGGAAUCUCGUUGAGGUGCCACAACAACCCAGUACCGCCCCAAUUCCUCAGCGCGAGUUUAGCGACGACAGCACUUCCACCAUCGCCCCAUCGCCCCAGAUAUUGAGCGAACGACCGACGCCCAAGUUACGGCGGUCCAAUUCCGAGGGUUCCUUGCUCGUAUACCGCACACGAUCUUUUGCAUCUUCUCUCGGCGACGACACGCGCUUCGAAAGUGUCCAAGAGCAGGUCAACAGUAGGCUGAAGGCCCUUCGAGACAGCUGGGCAGACUCCAAUUUCAAACUGCCUAGCCCCUCAUUUCCAAACUUCAACUUAGCGUCUAGUACCGAAAUGUUCAGGAACCGCAACGCCAGUACCACAUCCAAACCACGCGAGACCGACGAUAUUGCCUCGCAAAAAGCCAACCCCCGCACAAGCGUGCCUGCACCGGGCUCGCGUCGCGACUCGAUAAGGAGGAAGCGUUUACCAUCAAAGGGUGGAGACGCCGACACUGAGUCGCAUCCGUACUUCACACAAGCUCUGCAGGAGCUCGAGGGUGACUUGGUCAUCCUGGGAGGUUAUCGGGGGUCCGUCCUGCGCUCGGCAGAACCGCCCCAUCGGCAGCUUUGGGUGCCUAUAAAAGUCGGACUGAACCUACGUAAAGUAGACUUGGAGGUGCCUCUAGAUCCAGAUGCGGACGAGCGCAUGGAGGAGAGCAUCAUACCAAGUGGCAUGCUGACCCAUAUUGGCCCUGUCGACAUCGCCAAGCGUCUUUUCAAGCGUCUGAAUGCCUGUGACAACGUAAGAGACGGUAAGCUUAGGGUCCACAACUACGGUUAUGACUGGCGGCUCUCCCCGCACUUCCUGAGCCGGCGUAUGAUACAGUUUCUAGAGUCACUACCCUGCAAUCAGCCAGGUGUUCCUCUUGAGAAGCGAGGUGCCAUCGUUGUCGCGCACUCACUGGGAGGCUUGAUCACACGUCAUGUUAUCAAUCAGCGUCCGGAUCUAGUAGCUGGUGUCGUAUAUGCUGGUGUGCCUCAACGCUGCGUGAAUAUCCUUGGCCCAUUCCGUAAUGGCGACGACGUCCUCUUUUCUUCACGCGUGCUCACAGCACAAGUAAACUUCAGUAUCAGAACGUCUUUCGCUCUUCUGCCUCUAGACGGAAAGUGCUUCAUCAACAAGCGCACCAAGGAAGAGUACCCUGUAGACUUUUUUGACGUUAAUACAUGGAAAGAACACCGCCUUUCUCCGUGCAUAGCAGCGCCCUUGCCUCGCCCUGAGCAACCUAAAGAUAGCAACUUCAGCGUUAGUGGCCUGAUGAAUGCUGUCUCCUCAGCACUGCCCACCUUUCCCGCUCGCAAAAGUAGUACUGCGAGGGAUGCCGCCGACGUAGCUCGUAACGCCGCCAACAACGUUACAGAAGGAAGCGUGGAGCAAGCAGGCAUGGGCCCGCAAAUGGGCCAUGAACAUAACAUCGAGACAUCCAAAGAACCGAACCCCGCAACCGACGUCACAAUUCCUUACGACAAAGCAAUACAUUAUCUUACAAGAACACUCGCCGAAAUCAAGGCUUUCAAACAGGAACUCGACCACCGACCCGAACACACAUCAUCAAACUCGUAUCCACCCAUCGCGCUCAUCUACGGCAAGUCCACGCCGACAGUCUACGGCGCGAAGGUAGAGAGUCGGGAAGCUAUCAAACGCGCGGAUGUAUAUGAUGAGCUUGCAUUUGCGAGUGGUGACGGUGUUGUACUCGCUCGUGCAGCCAUGGUGCCUAAGGGGUACAGUGUCGUUAGAGGCGGUGUCGUAUCUAGCGACCGUGGGCACGUUACGCUUUUGGGGGAUUUAGAAGCUGUAGGGCGGUGUCUUCAUGCUGUUAUUUUGGCGAGGCGGAGCGGGGUCGGACUAGGACCUGGAGCGCGAUGA